GGAGACCUAGUGGGAAGCUAAAGGUUGUUGGUGGUUGUUUGACUUAGCCAAGCAAAGAUGGCAGAGUACUUGGCAUCCAUUUUUGGGACAGAAAAAGAUAAGUGAGUACUUCAUAUUCCCUUACUUUUCGUUCAGUAUAUUUCACACGCCUUUAGUUACCGCCAAAUCCUGCCUCGAUGUGGGAAACGAUUACCAUUGCAAGAUUUAGGACAGGUGUGAGGAUGUGUCAGUAAGCUAACAGCUAGUCCUAGCUGCUGGUCGCCAAAGACCGCGCCGCCCCCUCUGCAUGCUGCAACACGGGGACCGAAAAGUGCGGGGAUGAUCCUGAGCACGAUUUUAUCAAGAGUCUUUUCUUCUGAAUGAAAAUGACCAAAUUUACCUUUUAAACUUAAGAUGGUUAUGGAUAACACACUACUAACGCAAAGCAUGAAGUAGAUCAGCGCCGGUUUCUUCAUGAACCCUAUUGUAGUCUUUGUUACAUCGAGGAAUAUUGAAACGAUCGGAGAAUCACAAGAAAGCUGUUUACUUUGUUAUUAUGGAAGCAAAAUAUCCACUAAACCCUAAUUCUUAAUCAUAUCGACUAAGUUUAAUCUCAGACAGAUGUAUGAAUGAGGAUACCUUUGUAUUUAAUGGCAGCGUCUUCAUGCUUUUACGACUGUAAAAAUUAGGGGUGGGAGAAGAAAAUCUAUUCACUAAAGUAUCGCGAUUUUUUGUUUUACAAAUUUUAAAUCGAUAGUUUUAUUCAAGAAUCGAUUGUUUUUUCCAAAUUUAAGAAUAAAUCUUCAAAACUGACUCACAUUUGAUGUUAAUUUUUUGUGAAAAUAUGGUUCCUGAAAUAGUCAGUACACAAUCAUACUCAUUUAACUGUUUCAUUGGUGUAAUACAUGCAGACUAAAAAUCGAGAAAAUCGACAAUAUCGUGGAAUCGCAAUUUAAAUUAAAUCGGCAUCCAAAAAAUCGUAGAAGAAUCGGAUUGGGAGAAAAGCAUAUCUUCCCAGCCCUACUGAAAAUAUGGAUUUAAAACCUCUUUUCUCUUGUAAACGGUCUUAUUUCUCACUAAGAUUUAAUGAUUUUUUUCAAUAUGAUUUUUUUAAUUGAGUUUUAUAUAUAACCUUUUUCUGAACAGUACAAUAGCAUUAAGAAAAGAUAUUACUUUAAUUGUCCCAUAAGGGGAAAUUCCAAAAUGAUAUAUGAUAUGUGUUGAAGUUGGAUUCAAUGAGGCAAAAAGGUGUCUUCAACCAUCCUUUUAUUUCGGCACAGCAACUAAUACAAGAUAUAUCUUGGAGAGCACAACAUCAACCCAAUGGUAUCUCUGAGGUAGCCUGGAUGGGCCAUCCUGUUGCGUGAAUCACUUGAUGUUCCUUCCCACCACAGUCUGGACUUCGGCCCAUAGAGAACGUGUAUUCAAAGUCUGCUGACGUCUUCUGCAUAUAUAAACAAUUUCUGCUGACUUUGCAGAGUCAACUGCAGUAUUAACGGCGUUCUGAAUGAACGGGGCUUUGAAAAGUCCCGCAGCAUGUGUUAGACGUCACCACUACACAUGGAACAAUCGGGGGCUGCCUUUCCCUGUUGUCCGGGUAACAGUGGAAACACGGUCUCUGAUUGGCCCGGUUAUUUUCUGAUCGGGAAUACACACUCUCUAUGGGCCGAAGUCCAGACUGUGGUGGGAAAGAACAUCAAGUGAUUCACGCAACAGGAUGGCCCAGCCAGGCUACCUCUGAGGUGGUCUGAAUACUAUUUUUCAGUAGUUAACAUUUAUACACUUGAGGCAUCUCAUGAUCUUUAUGGGCAGAGAGUUUACAUAAACAGCAGUCCCCAGUGUUUUUUCCACGGACAAACAAGCAUGUAUUCUUGUUUUUUUUUUUUUUACCUGACCGAAACCGUGGUUUUGGGAAAGUUGACCUUGGAUGCACACAGUACCUCUCUCCUCUUUAUCUUAUUUGCAUCAUGUUCUCCGUGCUUUCACUGAGUUCCCACUGAGCAGACUGCUGGGUAUGCAAACCCUCCCUGUACACCUCCACAUCUUCUCAGGACAGAGUGGUAUUCCUCCCUCAUCCUGUUGUUCACAUCUCUGAGUUGCACCUGCACAUCUGUUAUGAAAGGCACAUCAUUAUCUAAGGCAUGUGUCAAGGUCAUAGACACGUGAUGAUUAUAAGGAACACUUCUAAUAAAUGACUGUUAAGGCAUCAUAGCAGAACAGUUUAAAACUAUACUUACCAACACUUGGCACUUCUAGGCAUAAGCUAAACCCUUUCUUUACUGAGAGUCUCUCUUCUAUACAUUGUGACACAGUGAUCAAUUGCCUCCAUGUUAGCUUUAAACUUUCUAUCUAACUCAUCAGUACAUGUCCGCAAUGGGCACACAACAUAAUGUAAACACAAUAAUGUAAACACAAUAAGAAAACAGUUAAUCACCUAAAACAAUGACUAAAUGAUUGCCAUGACAUAUGAGUUCCCAAAUAUGGUAUCAUCACAUCACAUAAUUUAUCACUAUCCUCAUUCUUGCAUGGUGUUGCCGUAAUAACAUGAACUCCUUAUACAUUUGUACACCAACACAAGAAAAAACUAUAAUUUACUGGCUUUUAUCCAAAUGCCCCUCUAGAUCCUUAAAUUGAAGGACACUUUUCUUUCCUUCACCUUGUCCACACCCUUUCUCUGUGUCCUGACUUUUUAUCGGUAUAUGUAAAAUUUUUCUUAGUAAACCAUCCUGUAGUUAUCAAAGAGCCAAAAUGUCUUAAAUUUUGGUUUCAACAAGCUUGAAAAUGAGAACAUUUUAUUAAAAAGGCUGUAGCCCUAGCCCUUGAAAGCAUGCAUGUUGGUGGACAACUACAGUUAAAGAAGACAACCACCUCCCCUGCCCAGUCUUCUGGCUCUCUCAGUUUAUUGUGCUUUUUUUCUAGAAAAAAAAAAUGUUUUUGGCACCGAGACAUAAUUUUAUAUAUUGGAGGAAAGAAUCUCCACAAUGUUUUUCAAGUCUUGUGAAAAAAUUUGCAUUUGUCUACUAAUCAGGUUAUCUGUUAAUCAAAACAUUGUGACACCUCAUACCUACAUCUUUCCCCCUCUCCUCUCACCUCAGGGUCAACUGCUCCUUUUAUUUCAAAAUUGGCGCCUGUCGACAUGGCGACCGCUGCUCCAGACUACAUAACAAGCCUACGUUCAGCCAGGUAAGUUUAUGAUUCCAAUAGAGAUGGACCAGUAAGGGGAUGCUGUAUGCACCAGUGAAUUUAAAAGGAAUGAAUUGGCAGAGUAAGAUCUGAAAGGACGAGUGAAUGUCUUUGACUUUGUAUUAAUGUUAGAGGUUUCCAAAUGUCACAGUUAUCUUCAAAUGACGCUUAUACUAGUCAGGCUGUAAACUUCAGUAUCACGUGACAGCGUUACAGUGUAGAGGAUAAAAAAGUAAUUAUUAAGAUGACUGUGAGUGUUUUCAGUGUUGUAGAGAGGUUUUCAUGAAAGUUUGUUUUUUCAGGUUUUGUUUGAAAUAGAAUUUUGUACUAAACUGUUACAUUUCUUUUCCAUUUUUUUCCUCUUCCUUUUGAUAAUAAACCAAAUAAAAAUAUCCUACAAAUGAAUAUUCUUGUUUUUCAGACGAUUGCCCUCCUGAACAUUUACCGCAACCCUCAGAACAGUGCCCAGUCUGCUGAUGGUCUGACCUGUAAGUGCUCUACCAAUAAAACGGAUCCAUUUUCUUUAUUUUUCUUAUACACCUUUAUUUUCUUCUUUUCUUUUCCUCCUAUUUUUGCAGCAACAACUUGGAGAAAAAUUGUAUAAAACUGCACUUGUGACUUGUAAUUACUUUUAUUGAGAAUUUUAUUAACUAUUAUUCAAAUGUCAGUCUGAUGUUUGGAUGUUUGGAUUUUUUACAGGAUUUCAUUUUGCGACUGAAGUGAAAAUUUUUGUCAUUUUCUAAAAAAAAUGUCGACAGUUUCUUUAAAAAACAGGAAAAAAAAUGUACACAAGGUAGAUCUUGUAGCAGUGGUUAAUAUGGACUAUGCCAACAGUCAACUUACAUGCAAACAUUUAUGUAUAACAACAUUAAAAUUGGGGUUCAAUCGCAUCUGGUAGAUUGGCUGUGCUUAUACCCACCUUUUUAUUUUAACUUUUUCUUUUUUCCUAAGAAAUCUUAUACUUUACAUGUUGAAAUUAAGAGUGGUUCAAAUCAGGCAGCCCUGUCUUUAUAGAUAAGACAUCGUAUGUAAGCACAUGGUGGGUGGAGUUGCUGCCGGGAUUUCUGAUGUGUAAAAUUCUUGUCAUGGAGACCCGAGAUAACACUUCAUUUGUACUGACCGUUGAUCACUCAGCUCUUUUCGAGGAAUCAGUCUCAUGUUGGUCUGGUUUUGAACCGGACAGGCCUAAAUUGAAAGUGAGGCUAACUGUCCAGAGUUUGUUUUUUUGCUCAAUUUGUCCUUAAUGUAAUGUGUUGUUUCAAUGAGUAUUCUCUCGUAUAAACACAGGUGCCAUCAGUGACAUGGAGAUGCAGGAGCACUAUGAUGAGUUCUUUGAGGUAAUUCAUGCCUCUUUAUUGUUUGUGUAUAGCAGGAGGACUUUAGACCAUAUAUGCCCUCUCUAUAUUGUCAAACAUCAGAGCAUCAGAGUGGGAUGAUUGUACUGUUUUGCAUUUGUGGACGUAACAAAAUUGGUUUUGCUAAAUUCACCCUGAAUGCUGCAGAGAUUUAGGGGGUUUAAACACGAAAGGCAUUGAUUGGCUACAGGCAAAGUUGUGUCUAUGUUCUCAUGUAAACCUCUCCCAAGCAGUGACUUAAAUAAAUAGCAUAAUACUCUUUAUUAUUGAACUGCAACUCAACAUUGUAAUAAGUUUGUCAGUACGUUUGACCAAACUUACGUUUUUCUACCAUCUAUGCAGGAGGUCUUCACUGAGAUGGAGGAAAAGUAUGGAGAAGUGGAGGAAAUGAAUGUCUGUGACAACCUUGGCGACCACUUAGUAGGAAACGUGUAUGUGAAGGUGAGUGUGCGAAGUUUUUUUUUUUUUCUCUGGAUCACGAGUUAGUAAGUUUCCAACUGAGCUAAUCUGUCAUUUUUAGUUCCGUUACGAAGAAGACGCUGAGAAGGCUGUGAUAGACCUGAAUAACCGGUGGUUUAAUGGACAGCCGAUCCAUGCUGAGCUGUCUCCCGUUACAGACUUCAGAGAAGCCUGCUGUCGUCAAUAUGAAAUGGGGUGAGUGCUGCUUUAUAUGUAAGGACAGAGUUGAUACGGAUAUAUUUUAAACUUAAAGCAGUGCCACACAUGUCAGAAAAUCAAAAGUCUGAGUCACAUGCUAGAUUUACGUGCUGCAUUUAUCAUUUUAAGGACCAUUUCUCCUUCUUUGCUCACUGUUUCUGCCCCUCCAUAGAGAAUGCACUCGUGGUGGCUUCUGCAACUUCAUGCACCUGAAGCCCAUCUCACGUGAACUUCGGAGAGAACUCUAUGGCCGAAGGAGGAAGGGGUAAAUGACCUCUGCAUUCCAGUAUUAUGUGAACCUAGCAGUGUAGUUGUUUAGUAACAGUUCCUGACUGCUCCUCAAUCACUUUCACAGCCGACACAGGUCCCGGUCCCGUUCUCGAGAGAGGAGGUCUCGCUCACGGGACAGAGGUCGAGGAGGUGGCCGUGACCAUGAGAGACGCCGCUCCAGAGACAGAGAGCGUUCAGGGCGGUUCUGAAACCCAAGUCGUGCCCACCUGUCCUUUCUACCUGCAUUCGUACCCAGUCAUUUUUUUAAGUUUAUACUUUUCAAGAUUUUUUCUAGGACUGAAAGGUACCUGUAGCCUGAAAUUAAAGCAUUGCUGAACCUGUUUUUUCUUGAUUUCUAAAAACGACCUUCACCACAUUAAAAUGACAUAUUUACUUAACCUGACUGCUUCAUUGAAGUCUUCAUAUUACAAGGAAAUAUAAUCAA